AUGGCCAACAGGGAUGACGACGACGAGACCGCGGCUCGUCUCCUCGCGCCCGACGACGAGACUGACCACAUCCUCCUCCGCGGCUCCUCGGAGGACCUCGCCCCAGACCAUCAUGACUUCCCAGGUACAGCAACAUCGUCCCAGCCGCGGCGGCGUCUGCUGCUCCGCGCCUCGCGGUGGCAGGUCCGCUCCCCGCGCACCAUCAUCCUAUUCGUCGCCUUUGCCAAGUUCUGCAUCGUCUGCAGCGGCCUGAUGCUCAUGGUCCCGCUCUUCCGGCUCAUCGAGGACGCCAUCUGCCACGGCGUCUUUGACGACACCACACCGGAUCUCCUCGACGAGAUGAAGUGCAAAGACGACGAGGUGCAGCGGCGCCUCGCCACGUUUCUCGGCUGGUCCGGUCUCGUAGGUUCCAUCGUCACCUUGAUUACUUCAUUCCCAUUCGGCGCCAUGUCGGAUCGCUUCGGCCGUAAACCGACCGCUUUGCUGGCCUACCUUGGCGUCUUCAUCUCCUUCCUCUUCACGCCGCUGAUGCUGGGCCCGCCGAUGAAGCAACACAUCCGCAACAACCCGUAUCUGCUCCUUGGGGGGAGCCUGUUCCAGCUCUUCGGCGGCGGGGUCCCGGUGCUGCUGCACACGCUGUAUGCCAUGGCCGCCGACGUCAGUUCCGAGGAGAACAAGUCAUCCAACUUUUUAUACGUGAGCCUUGGAUCUGCCACCGGUGGCCUUCUCGGCCCUCUCAUCGCUGGCCUCCUCAUGACCCAGUUCGGGCCCUGGGUGCCCAUCUGGAUCGUCAUCCUCAUCUCGCCCUUGCUCAUCUGCAUCCUGCUCCUCCUCCCCGAGACCCUCGCCGUCCACGUCACACCUUCCUCCACCACGGCCUCUGUCCGCUUCUCCGCGCUCCUGGCCAAGGGCCUCGACGACCUCCGCGCGUCGCUCGCCAUGCUCCGCAACAACCGCAACGUGCCCGUCGUGCUCGUCACCUUUCUCUUCCAGAACGCGCGCAUGACGGCCUACUCGUCCACGCUCGUCCAGUACGUCUCCAAGAACUACGGCUGGAGCCUGGGCCAGACGUCCAUUCUGCUCUCCCCCCUCGGCGUCCUCUCCCUCGUCGUCCUCGGCGGCCUGCCGCGCGUCGCCGCCCGCCUCACCUCGGCCCGCUACGGCUACUCCGUCUUUGGCAAGGACAUGCUCCUCACGCGCGCGUCGACGGCGGUCCUCAUCGUCGGCGCCGCCAUCCAGGGCCUCAGCUCCAACGUCGUCGUCUUCAUCCUCGGGCUCGUCGUCGCGACGCUCAGCGCCGCGGACAGCCCGCUGGCCAGGGCCACCAUCUCGCACUACGUGCACGCCUCGUUCACGUCGCGCCUGUAUGCGCUCAUCGGCAUGGUCGAGGUGCUGGGUUCCUUUAUCGGCGGGCCCGCCCUGGCGUACUUGUUCAACGUCGGCCUGGAGAAGAAGGGCCUGUACACGGGCCUGCCGUACUUUUACAUUGCGCUGCUGUCCUCGAUUGGGCUGGCGGCGCUCAUGUUUGUGACGCCGCCGCCGCGAAAGGCCACGUCGGGCGACGCAACGCCAAGCUCUGCAGACGACCUUUGCGAAGAAGGCGCUAUUCAACUUUAG